AUGCAGAGAGGUGAUGUAAAUGAGGCCCUAAGACAGCAACAUGCAGCAAGUGGAGGUGGAGAUGCAGCAACAGCAACAACUGCUACCCCAGCAGCCCAGCAGAAUGUGGGAGUUUCUCCAGGGACAUUGCCCCAAACUCAGUAUGCCCUCGCUACUCAGCUCCAGGCCCUGGCCGGCCAGUCAUCACCUGCCACUAUUGAGCUCAAGCUGCACCCUCGACCGGGAGCACACCCUCAAACUGUCACUGUUUCCCAGGCAGCACAGAGACUGCUAAGCCCUGUACAGAGCCUGGUCUCGGCUGCCACUCCAACCUACCAAGCAAGGACUAUCAAUGUUCUGCAGAGGCAGCUCAGCGGACAAAGUAUUGUUGGUCUGUCAGCUGUACCUACUCAGGGCUUGCCUCAGAACUUGACUGCCUCCCUAACCCAACCCGGUAUUGCCGUGGUGACAACCACCCAAUCUUCCGAUCCUCGGCAAGUCCAGCGCUCUGUGUCUUUCACUCCUGUUAGCACUGUUAGUGCAUCCGGUGGCACCAUCCACCACCAUGGUCAGAGCCCUACACGGGGUGCCCCACUUGUCUCCAACCUCCCUCACAACAUAAUUAGUAUGAACGUCAACCAAGCUGCACAAAUUGUGCAGAGAAGAAGUAGCCAAGGGGCUGCUUCCAGUAACACAGGGACACCAGUAACAGGACGGGUAGUGCUUGAUACCCGGCAACUCUUGUCCCACCCCCUGAGUCACAUCACAUCAACAGUGACAAGGCACGUGCAGAGCACAGGGCAGCCACCAAAGAAAAAGGCGAAAUUGGAGGAACGACCGCCAGCUACCCCUGAAAUAGCUCAGCAAAGAAAGAUGAUACUUGAUGCAAAGUAUAAGGAAAUGCUGGAGAUAAAAGAAAACUAUGUUGAACAUUUGACAGAACUAUUUUUCCUUCAGCAUGGAAGGAAUUUGAUGGACUAUCUAGCUUGGAAGAAAAGGCCAACCCCUCAACUUGUUGCUUUCUUAAAAGCUGGGGCUUUAGACAGUGAUGAGGAAGAGGAACACUUACAAGAAAAAAGAAUCAAUGAUGAGGUGAAAGUAUUGACAAGUGCUGGGAGCAAUGUUCCUCUUGCAACACCUGUUGCAAUCUCAACAACACUUCCGCCCUCUGUGUCAGCGUUGAGUCAACAAGGGUCAGAGAGCAAGUUGGGUCAAGGGAGACAACCUAGUACUCUCCUACCCCGCACCCAGUGUGCUGCACAACCUUCCCUUGCAGCUACCCCUGGAUCUGCUAUACUGGGUUCUUUGGGUGGUAACACAGCAGUGACAACAGCAACGCCUCACAGCGGCACAAGCAACACCGCCGUGUUGUCAUCAACAUGUGUGGCCUCGUCCCAACUUCAGAUGCAGCUUACAAAGAGCAUACCAGAGAAGCAGCUUCACAUACAAACCACUCAAGCUAUUAAAACUCCAAUCACUUCAGCGGGUCACACUGUUGCUGCGCCUGCUCGACUUCCCAAGUCCCCAACCUCUCCUCGACUACAAACCCGACAGCAAUCCAUAUCAGCUGUGUAUGACAGCACAAUAGGUUCUCAAGAAGCAAUUGUGGAAAGAGCCAAACAGGAAGCACAAGUGGUUCAACGGGUCACUGAACUGCGGAAAGAUGGCAUGUGGACAGCCAGGCGUCUCCCCAAAGUUCAGGAACCUCAGCGAAACAAAGCACAUUGGGACUACCUCUUGGAAGAGAUGACAUGGCUUGCUGCAGAUUUCAUUCAAGAACGCAAGUGGAAGAAAGCUGCUGCUAGAAAAAUUGCCCGCAUGGUCCAGAAGUACCAUCAGGACCAGGAGCAGAAGGAAAUUAAGGCCGAGAAAGAAGAAGCACUCAAGCUAAAGAAGAUUGCUGGUCAAAUGGCAAAGAGUGUCAAAGAAUUUUGGUCUAACAUUGAAAAGGUAGUGCAAUAUAAACAACAAAGUCGACUUGAAGAAAAAAGGAGAAAAGCAUUAGACAUGCAUUUGAACUUCAUAGUUGAUCAGACGGAGAAGUACUCCACAUGGCUUACAGAGGGACUGCACACAGCCAGCAGCGCGGCAGGAUCAUCUGUGGCCACUUCGCCUGAACAUUCCAGUGAGGGAGGAGACGUGGAGUUCGAACCACAGGGAACCGCUAGUGAUGAUGAAGAAACAAUUGAGAAAGAAGAAAAUGAAGCAGGGAUUGACGAGGAAGCAGAAAUGAAAGAAUUAGAAGAAUUGCAGAAGGAAAGUGAACUGCCUUUGGAAGAACUUAUUAAGUCUUUACCUCAGGAGGUAUUGGAAAAGCCUGCAAGCAUUCAAGAUGAAACAGGAAAUGAAACUCCCCAAAAGUCCAAAGAAUCAAGGGGAAGUGAUGAAGAGUUCACAGCUAGUGAAGAUGAAGGGGAUUUAGAAGAAACAAUAGAAGAACAGGAGAAACAUGAAAAGAAGAAAGAUUACAAGCGGGAACUUGAUGAUUUAGAAGCUGAAGGUGAAAUGUCAAUGGAAGAACUAGUGAAUAAAUAUGCAGGUGCAUAUGAUAGUGACUUUGAUGUGCCAGAAGAAAGUUCAGAAGGAGAGACAUCUGAAGAUGAUUCAGAUGAUGAUAUAGAAGCUCAGAGUGACGAGGAUGAAACAACAGAGGAGGAAGAAGAGGAGGAAGAGACUGAAGAAGAAGGAGAAUCCUCUCAGCCACAGGAAGAUACGGGUCUGGAGUUCCUACUCAAACCUCAGGGAGAGGCCGAGAAGUCUCCUGUCAAGCAAACGGAUACGGAGACUGGCCCAGGGAAGGAAAUAACAGACAUAGCUGCAGAAGCCCAGAGCCUGCAGCCCAAAGGCUACACUCUUGAGACAACGGAGGUUCGGACGUCGGUCCCCUUUCUGCUGAAACACACAUUGAGAGAGUAUCAGCAUGUUGGCCUGGACUGGCUGGCAACCAUGCAUGAGAAGAAGCUUAAUGGCAUUCUGGCUGAUGAAAUGGGACUUGGCAAAACCAUUCAGACAAUAGCAGUGUUGGCCCAUCUUGCCUGUGAAAAAGGUGUCUGGGGCCCUCACCUCAUCGUCGUCCCAACAAGUGUUAUGCUGAACUGGGAAAUGGAGUUCAAGAAAUGGUGUCCUGCUUUCAAAAUACUCACAUACUAUGGAAGCCAGAAGGAGAGGAAACAGAAGAGAACGGGAUGGACCAAAACCAAUGCCUUUCAUGUGUGUAUCACGUCCUACAAACUGGUGGUGCAGGAUCACUCAGCCUUCAGGAGGAAGAAGUGGAAGUACUUCAUCCUGGAUGAGGCUCAAAACAUCAAGAACUUCAAGUCUCAGCGAUGGCAGAUGCUGUUGAACUUCUCAAGUCAGCGCCGUCUUCUGCUUACGGGUACCCCCCUGCAGAACAGUUUGAUGGAGUUAUGGUCACUUAUGCACUUCCUGAUGCCGCACGUGUUCCAGUCGCACAAGGAGUUCAAGGAAUGGUUCUCCAACCCACUCACAGGGAUGGUGGAGGGCAGUCAGGAGUACAAUGACAGUCUAGUCAAGAGAUUACACAAGGUAUUGCGGCCUUUCUUGCUGAGGAGGUUGAAAGAUGAUGUUGAGAAGCAGAUGCCAAAGAAAUAUGAGCAUGUUGUCAUGUGUCGGCUGUCGAAGAGACAGAGGUUCCUCUAUGAUGAGUUCAUGUCCCAGACAAAAACGAGGGAGACACUUUCCCAAGGCCACUUCAUGAGUGUGAUAAAUGUUCUGAUGCAACUGAGGAAGGUGUGCAACCAUCCAAACCUCUUUGAUCCAAGACCAAUAAUUUCACCAUUCCAAAUGAGAGGAAUUGCAUACACAACAUCCUCAUUAGCUGCAAGAGCCUUGGAAUACGACCCAUUCAAGGAUGUUGAUCUGCGGUCGCUGUACCCGAGUCUGGCGGAGAUGGAGCUCGACCUUCCUGCUUUCAUCGCCCACAGAGUGAAAAAACUGCAAACACCACGGCGACUGAUAGUGGAGAUUGACGACCAACCCGACCCACCGCCCAGACUCAAACCUGGGAAACUGAAGCCUCUCACCUUCAGAAGUGUCUCACCAGCAACACCUCAGUCUGGUCGCUCUUCUCCCUUGGUGCCAAUCAGCCAGGCGAGAUCUGCUUCUCCAGUACAAUUGGUGCGGACAGUAGUGCGCAGUUCGACACCAAGUCAGAUCCUGCAUCCAACUCCAGUGCAAACAUCUCAAGGUGCUGUUCCCGAUUAAACUGGCAUUGUAAGCCAGGCUCAGUCAACAGCGACCACUACAACUACAGCCCCUGUUGUGCAGUCUCUCGCUGUCUCCCAGCCCCAGUCUCAAGCCACAGCCCAGACAGUCACUAUAGUCUCAUCAGCAAGUGUAACUUCAGCCUCUGCCGUGCCCAUGCAAGCAACAAUACAGGCAAAAGUGGUGCCUCAGCAGUUAUUACAAGGCGUGUUCCACUCAAGUUCUUCAUCUGUGAUACCUUCUCAGCCCAUUACUGUUCAGAUUCAGCAAACAGAACAGGGUACCAGACUGAUGAUACCCACCGGCCAGCUGUCGCAGUUGCCAGCCGGACUCAUCCAAAUAGUUCAGACAUCGUCUGGUCAGCAGUUAAUAGCCACGUCCAGCCCUGCUGCUCCCAUACAGCCUGUGAUACCUGUACAAAAUGUUGUGUCUACUGCUUCCUCGUCCACUGCCACUUCAUCCUCCACUGCAGCAGCCACCACCUCUACCACCUCCUCCUCUAUUGCCAGCUCCCCUAUGUCAGCUAAUACGACAGUUACACCAACCGUUACUCAAGUGAAGAGUGUGCCUGCCGUACAGCUGCCAUCCGGUAGCAUCCUCUCAGCUCAGAAACCCAUCAUGAGGGUCACCCCAAUGGCCGUCAGCUCAGAGGGUAUGCCUUUCACAAUAAGAGCUAUCACGCCCGUCACAACCAUCUCUUCCAGUACCGCUUCCACGGCAACAGUUACAAAAGUUGUCCCCAGUACUAAUGUACGGCCUUCAGCCACUGUGGCUCAGGUCAGUGUGGUCGCCAGCAAACCUUCCGAUUCCAUAGCCCCAGUUGUUAUGGCAACAAAAAGUGUUCCAGCUGAUGACCAACGGGAGCGGAGGCUGAAAGCAGAAAGAGCAGAGGAAAAAUCUGAAUUGUUUUUGCGGAGUCUGAGGGUAAAGAAACACGAAAGACGGAAAAACAAGCUGGAAUAUAUUUCAAAUAUGAAUAAGAAACAUUGUGAGAUGAAGCCAGUGUAUGGACAAGAUUUGUGUGAGGCAGUGGAUGUGACCCAAUCUUUAUCAAGGACCCGUGUUGUUGACAAUCUGUGGCAUGGGCUUGGUUAUGUACAGUGUUUGUGUGCUCAUCAUUGUCAGAAUCCAGAUCACCCAGACUUUUACUGGCAACAGUCGGAUAUAUUCAAGGAAUUAAUUCACACUCCAGAACAGUAUUUACAGGAAUUGAGGGACAUUCUCUCUCGGUACUUGUUCGUCACUCCAUCGGUGGUCGCUCCCACCAUAAAGAUGCAUGUUUCUCAUCCCUGUCCAUCAGCUGAGCAAGCCAAGAAGAGAAUGUCUUUCAUGCUGCAUCAGGAAGUCUCACCCCAAACAGCAUGUCUACACAGUCUUUCAACAAAAAUGAUGGUCCAGUUCCCAGAGCUCAGGCUUAUAGAGUAUGAUUGUGGUAAGCUCCAGACUCUGGACAUACUGCUCCAUCGGUUGAAAUCAGGAAGUCACAGAGUCCUCAUCUUCACCCAGAUGACGAAGAUGUUGGAUGUGUUGGAGGCCUUUCUCAGCUACCAUGGUCAUCGAUAUCUCAGGCUGGAUGGCACAACCAAAGUAGAACAGAGACAGGCAUUAAUGGAUCGGUUCAACAUGGAUCGUCGUAUUUUCUGCUUCAUCCUGUCAACAAGGUCUGGCGGCAUUGGCGUCAAUCUGACAGGGGCAGAUACUGUGAUAUUUUACGACAGUGACUGGAACCCAACCAUGGAUGCCCAGGCUCAGGACAGAUGCCAUCGGAUCGGUCAGACCAGGGAUGUUUCCUCUUGUAGACUCAUCAGUGAGAGAACCAUUGAGGAGAACAUUCUCAAGAAAGCAAAUCAAAAGAGGUUAUUAGGUGAUCUGGCUAUUGAGGGAGGCAACUUCACCACUGCAUUCUUCAAGGAGCACACAAUCAAGGAACUGUUUGAGGAACCGUCUGGUCUUGACGCACUAGCCAAGGAGAAACAAGCCCAGGCUGCCAUGAAACAAGUGAAGGAACUUCAUAAAGAACCUCCCAAGAAACUGCCCGAAGGAGAAACAAAUGUGCUGGCACAGUUUGAACAGGCUCUGUGCAAGGCGGAAGAUGAGACGGAUGCUAUUGCGGUGAAGCUUGUGAAAGCAGAACAAAAGGCAGAACUGGCCGAGUUUGAUGAAACCAUUCCUUGGGAUGAGAAAGAGGCUGAAUCUAAGAAAGAUGAUGAGGUUUCUAAGGUUGAGCUGGAGCUGGCACAGCUGGACAAGGAGCUGACCCCUAUCGAGCGGUAUGCUGUUGGCGUGAUGGAAGCUGAGAUGGAACCAGAGACCAUUGAAGAACUCAUGAUUGCAGAGGAGGACAUCGAGAAUUCCAAGAAGGAAUGGGAGCUUGCUCGGCUGAAGGCGUUGAAGGAGGAGGAAGAACGCCGCCUUGAACUAGAGGAAGACGAGAUGUUGUACACAUACUCUCGGGAUGAUGCAUAUAACCAGGUGUAUGUAUCGGACUUGGGACCAGAAACGAUGCCGAUGUGGGCACCACCAACACCACCAAAGGACGACAACGACGUGUACAUCGACCAGACAAUGUACUUCCUGUACGAGCCAGCGGUGAUGACGGAGACGCAGCUCCCACCUGUGUAUGUGAGGAAGGAGCACAAGAAGCCACGUAUAGAGACUGUCACCACUCGCAAACAGAAACAACGAAAAGAAGAACAGCCUCGUGUUCCACGUUCCCUGUUUGAUCGGCCAACUGCUGCCUUGUUAAAGAUGAGGAGAGAAGCCAAGCUGCAGAAGCUGAAGCAAGGCUUAAUCAAACCCUACCGUCCAGCAGCACCCGCUGUGCCAAGCAAGCCUGUCCUCGACACUGCACCAGACCACCCAGAAUGGCUCAUUCAUGAGGACUGGGCACUUCUUCAGGCUGUGCAGACGUUGUUGAGUCUGCCACUCAACUUGAUGGUGGUGGCCCCCGCACACAUUCCAAACUGGGACCUCGUUGCCGAUGUUGUCAACAGCUGCAGCCGAGUGUACCGCUCCCCCAAACAGUGUCGUAGUCGCUACGAGAACGUCAUCAUCCCCAGGGAGGAGGGCAGGAUACUGUAUGAUAUCAGCCCUCGGAAACAAAAGAAGACGAAGGGGAUAUACAAGACAAAGAACAACCGUCCAAUGCGAACCAGCCAACUGUAUAUCCAAGACAGCAACAACUCCGUCACCAUGCUGUACUCCCUCCGCUUCGACUCCGUCAAGGGCAUCGCUGGCAAGAGGCCCCCGACGCUGAGACAGACCCUGGUCAACCCCACCAUGAAGAACCCGAAACACGCGGCAGUGCUGCAGGAGAGUGGCAUCAUCUAUGACACCCCUCUGACACCCCUACAGGUGGCAGCCAACAGGGCUGAUCGAAUUGCCAGGGAGAAGAAACAGAGCCAAGUUGCAGCUGCUGCAGCGGCGGCCGAACAGCAGCUUGCAGCACAUCGAACACAGCAAGCUCAACAGCAGCAGCAACAACAGCAGCAGACCGGGACCGUGGUACAAGGCACCAGUACAACCUCAACUCCUGUGGUGCCUACAGCUCUCCAGGCCUCGCACCUUCAGCCUCUCGUCUCCGUGGCAACAGCUUCAACUAACGUCAUUCAGGCUGGAGCGGUGCAGAAGUUGCCAGUAUCCAUACCACGCACCCUCAGUGCUGGCAACAUCGUUGUCAACACCCCAGCUGGAAUGACUAGUACCUUCGCUGCCAUCAACAAACGCAUGAGUCAGGCCAAUUCAACAAUCGCCGUGACAGGCAACCUGACCCAAGCUGUGCGGGCGCGAGCACCAGUGGCUGUCCAUGAGAUAACAACUGUGACGACACAGCCUGGCCAGGUGGCUGCAGGUGUCCCAACAGCUACAGCAACUCUGCGGACAGCAACAGCGUCGACAAACCUUGCCCAUGCCCAGCUGGCAACGCAGCGAAUACUCACAGGCACCACUGUUACAGGCAAAGGUAAAGCCACCACGGUUCAGCAGCAGUUGAAUCAAUCGGCUCUGAAGAACUUCUCACAGCAGCAAAUCAACAUCCUGCGUCAACAGCCUUCCAUCGUCCGCCCGCAGAACCCCCAGCAGACCAUCAGGACACAGAAGCUCAGCAUCACCACUGACCAAAUGAGGCAACAGAUCAACAAGCGUCCAAAUGCAUUAGUUGGACAACAGAAGCUGAUCAGCACGCCACAAGCUGCUCUCCUCACGUCAGUUGCAACAAAGCAGGGAAUUUUGAAGCAGCCUACGAUGAAGUUGACGGAUGAACAGAUGCUGGCAAUUCGCAGAACGAAGACUCAGCAGGGUACAGCCGGAGCACAGGCAGGGCAGAGUCAGUUACAGCUGCAGGUCACGCAGCCUCAGGUCAGACAGAUCAUUCAGGCCCAGGUGCAACAGGUGGCCAACCAGACAGCCACCUCACAGACCCCCGUGGCCACCCUGGUCAAGUCUGUGUCAGCACCGGCAGGCACCAUACCCAGUGUUACCAUCCCAGUCAGCAUCAAUGUCAGUGUCGGACAACACAAAGCAGGUGUCGCUCAACGUGCCACAGUGAGCCAGCUCCAGCAGCAGCAGCAACAGCAGAAGAUGUACCUGACCCAACAGAGGAAGACUCCACAGGGCCAGAAGGUUACCACUCUGGGACAGGCGCAGGUAGCCAAGACUCAGCAGAUCCCCCUGAUUAUCCCCCAGCAGAAGGGGGGCCUUCCGUUCACCGGUCAGCUCCUCCACCAGAUCGUCAAACAGCAACAGCAGCAAGGCCAAGGGGCCACCAUCCAACAGAUCAUAACGCAUGCUUCCCAGCAACAACCUACCAUCAUCGCCACGGUAACACAGGGCCAGGGGACACAACCCCUGGUAGCUAAAGCUUCUGUGGGUACCCCCACUGGCCACAUACAAACGUUACCUGCAGCCAGUCCCAUCACGGUCACCCAAGUCACGUCGGCCACGGGACAGCAUGCUCCUAUAACACUGAAUGUUGCAACACCAGUGUCACAGGCCACGGUUGUGAAGGCUCUUACCGGUGAGCACGCAACAGUUCAAGUACAGCAAGCUGCUUCACAGCCCAAGAUAACCACCAUCACCCAGAGUCUAGUGUCUCAGCAACUUCAGCAAGUUUCAACUGCACAGAUUCACCAGAUCCAGGCCUCAGCGUUGCAGACGUCUGCAGCAGCGUCCCAACCAGCCACCAUCCAGGUGCACAGUCCCAUGGUGACGCCGCAAGCCUCACCCUCCCCGGUCCCCACACAAGUAACUCAGACUAUUCCACAGGCUGCUACUAUUGCUACUGUGGUUACUCAGCCUCAGCAACAGGGAGUAGCAGCAGUUGGCCAGGCAGCUCAAGCCAAACCCUCACCCUAUGCCAUGAGAACACGCACAAGGAACUGAGUGCAACACAGCAUCAGAUUCUAAUGUAUAUGCAAACAGUUCAGAUUAAUAGAUCUCGAUAAAACUCUUGUGGAACCCUUAAAUAAACACAGGGAAGUUACAGCAUCAGCAUUUGUUCCAUCAGUUCUGGGAGUUGAGACUUACAAUGCAGUGCAUUGAUUUCUGAAACAAGUGUACAAUAUGGCUGUCAUGCUUCCCUGGACCAUGUUCAUCGAAGAAAAGCACAACCAUUCCAUUCACGAUGCUGUUGUGCCCACUCAACUAUUGAUUCAUUCAUGCACCAUUAGCGUAGUGUGUUCGUUGUGUAGUAAAUUCGUCCAUUUAUAGAUCUGAAACCAAUGUGCUAAGUAGCAUAGAUUAUUGUUUUAUCCUUAAAGGAUAUACACAUCUUGUAGACUGUUCAUGUUCCGAUGUGUGAGUAAUUGUGUGUGGUAGAUUUCAGUUACGUUACAGAAACAUUCAGUUACAGUUGAAUUUGAACUGAUUUCCAUCUGUGUAAGUUUUGACGAGGUUGUGUGUUGAAAUGUCUCCUAAUGGUGCUGAAGUUCAGUAAUGGCAGCAAAUAAUCUUGUGGCAGUGAUACGUGGACACUGGAUCUAUGAACUUAUGAUUAUGUUACUACUUAGUUGUGAUGUUAAUGUGACAGUUGGAUGGUGUUAAUUUUUCCCUGGUUGAGAUGUCUGAAUGAAGGCCACAUUCACCACAUACCAAAACAAGCAUGUAUUUCCCGGGUAUUUACAGGUCAGCCAUAUGUGUGUACCUUCACAGUAUGUGUCCAAGUACUGACUGUUGUCCACACCAGCUCUCCAGGACAAGUUCGAUGUUGGAUACAUCACAACAAAGUAGAACAUGUAGGGAGGCUGAGGCACAAGACUGAGAUUCAUACUAAUUUAUAUAAUUAAUUAUUCAUUUUAAAACAAGUUGUUUUUGAAAGAUUGUGGUGAAAAGUAACUGAACGGAUGUUUGAAAUUUCUCAGUGUAAGAUGUUGAAUUGUAAUUGCUUGUAAAUAAGACACAAAAUAAUCAUUAGUGAGAAAACUGCAAAGUCAGUCACACUUGUUUACUACAAAAUGAAAGUAUAACACUGAAAUAUAUUUUUGAACUUUGCUUUGGGCACAU